UCCUAGGAUAGCCUAGAGGCUGGGUCCCCCGGCCUAGUGGUGGAACCUGCAAGAUGGGCAGCAGUAGUUCAGCACUGAAAGUUUGCACUGAUCACCAGGGAGGCAUCAACUGGCUCAGCCUCAGUCCCGAUGGGCAGUGGCUGCUGACAGGCAGCGAGGACGGCACCGCGCGACUCUGGAGCACUGCGGACAGCCAAUGCCGGGGUCAUUUUCAAGGGCACGAAAGCUACAUCACUUUUUGCCACCUGGAGAAUGAGGCCGCCUUCACGUGUAGCGCCGACCACACCAUCCGGAAGUGGGACGUUAUGACAGGCCAGUGCCUGGCAGUUUACCGAGGGCACACGUCCAUUGUGAACAGGAUCCUGGUUUCCAAGGACUAUCUCUUCAGUGGCUCUUAUGACAGGACUGCACGGUGCUGGAGCAUGGACAAAGAGAAGCCGAUCCAGGAGUUCCGGGGCCACCGGAACUGUGUCCUGACUUUGGCUCUCUACUCCUCCGAGGACCUUCUAGAGGACUCCGAGGAGGAAGAGUCGGAGGAAGAGAAACUGAGCAGGGACUUCCUGGUGACGGGAAGCACCGACUGCACUGUCAAGGUCUGGUGGGUGUCCAGCGGGCGUUGCCAUCAGACUCUACUGGGACACACGGGGGCCGUCUUAUGCCUGAUACUUGAUGCUCCAAACAGGGAACUCUUUUCGGGCAGCACUGAUUACACCAUUCGGACGUGGAACAUUGUGACUGGCGAGCAGCUGAGAGUGUUCAAAGAGCACCAAGGAGCCAUAAUCUGCCUGGAGCUUGUGAAUCGACGCUUGUAUUCAGGGAGUGCAGACAGGACGGUGAAAUGCUGGUUGGCCGAUACCGGGGAGCGAGUUCGAACAUUCAAGGCUCACAAACACAGCGUCAGCACUUUGAAGUAUCAUGCCGGGAUAUUGUUUACAGGAAGCGGAGAUGCCUGCGCUCGAGCUUUUAAUACGAAAACUGGGAUCCUGCAGAGAGUGUUUCGGGGGCACAAGCUGGUUAUCAACUGCAUCCAGAUUCACAAUGAAUUAUUGUACACGGCUUCCCACGAUGGCACGCUCCGGAUCUGGGACAUACGGCCGCUCUGCAAGCGGGGCAAGCGGCGCUGGAAGAAGGAGAGGUCCAUCCAGGGCAGGAGCUCCCAGAAGGGAAGUCUGUCUCGGCUGUUCAACAACAAAGUGGGCUGCAUGGUACACCACGAAGACGGCGGGGGCCAGGAGGCUGUGGAGCUUAUGUGA